AUGCCCACAAAUAGUAUUGUAAAAGAUUCAAGUGGUUAUAGUGAUAAUAUCUUUGAAGGAAAGGCAGACCAAAUGCUUAAAGUUUGUGAAUACUUGGAAGAAAAAGGUUUUAUACCCAAGGAUCUUGUCAGGCACGAAGUUUCUUGGUUCUACGGGAAUCUUGGAAUCGAUGACAUGUAUUUUACUAUGGAAAACAUUGAUACUAUUGCAAACCAUAUUUUGGCCUUAUAUGGUGCAAAGAUUUAUGCUUAUACGAAGAAUCAACAAAGUGAACUUGAUAUCAAUUUAGAAAGGGAAACUGACGAAGCCGCAGUAUAUAUACAUACAUCUCGUCCUGGUAUUUCUCAAUUAACUGGUCCUCAACAUGAAAGAAGAAUCGAUCUUAAUUAUUUAGAUGUUAGCAAUACUACUAAUGCUUAUCGUUUGGAAUCUUAUCGUUCUCGUGGAAAUGUAUCACCUUCUGUGAAUGCCCAAAUUCGUUGCUAUUUUGUUGCUAAAUGUGAUUUUGUGAAAUCAAAUCCUUCUCCUGACGAAGAAACCGACAUUCGUCUUGUGGGUGAUAGAACAUUUUUGGAAAAGGCCACUGAAAAUACUUUGGAAAUCUAUCAAAAUGUUAUGAAAGCUGUUCUUAAAAGAACUGGUCCAGUGAUUGAAAUGUUUGAAGUAGAAGGAAGUCGUGAAAGACGUCUUGUCAUUGGUUAUAGACAACGCAGUACUCAAUCUUUCUUCUCAGCUAUGUCAGAUCUUUAUCAUUUUUAUGAACUUUAUUCUACUAGAAAAUAUGUCGAACAAUUUUCAAAUGGUGUUACUGUGAUGAGUCUAUAUCUUAAUCCACUUCCAAGUUCCAAAUCUUCUCCGAUUGAACAUUCAAUUCAUCAAGUCAUUAAAGAAGCUUCGCUUAUUUAUUGUUUGCCUACUACACCAUUCCAACACUUUUUCCAAAGUGGAAAAUUGUCUGUUCAAGAAACAAUUUAUGGUUAUGUUGGUUGGAUUUUUGCCCAACAUUUCCUUAAUCGUUUGGGUAAUGAGUAUGUUAGUCUUUCAAAUAUUUUGGAUCAAAAUGAUCCUGUUCAUGCGGAAGUUUUGAACAAGAUCAAAAAGAGGUUACGUUCGGAUGCUUUUACGCGUGAAUAUAUUUUAGAUAUCAUAAAAAUGUAUCCAGAUUUAAUUCACUUGUUAUACAUUAACUUUGCAUUAACUCAUUAUGUUAAUCCACGUGCCGCUGCUCUUGAACCGACAUUAUCAUUCCAACGUAUUCAAACUGAUGUUGUGCUCAAUGAUGAUGAACUACUGGAUAAAAUCAAAAAGACAACAUCAAAUGUUCACGAAUUUAUGGUGUUUGAAUCUUUCUUGAUUUUCAACAAGCAUGUUCUUAAAACAAAUUUCUAUCAACCAACCAAAGUAGCAUUAUCCUUCCGUCUUAAUCCUGCUUUCUUGCCAUCGAUUGAAUAUCCUUCCAAACUUUAUGGUAUGUUCCUCGUUAUUGGUUCUGAAUUCCGCGGUUUCCACUUGAGAUUCCGUGAUGUCGCCCGUGGUGGCAUUCGUAUUAUUCGUUCUAGAAAUAAGGAAUCAUACAGUAUCAAUUUGAGAUCUCUCUUUGAUGAAAAUUAUGCAUUGGCUGCAACUCAACAAAGAAAAAAUAAGGAUAUACCUGAAGGUGGUUCAAAAGGUACAAUUCUCUUGGACAUUUCGCAACAAGAUAAAGAUCGGGUUGCAUUUGAAAAAUAUGUUGAUAGUAUUCUUGAUCUUUUGAUUCCUGGAACUACUCCCGGUAUUAAAGAGAAAAUUGUUGAUUUAUACAAUAAACCAGAAAUUUUAUUCUUUGGGCCAGAUGAAGGAACUGCCAAUUUUGUUGAUUGGGCUAGUGCGCAUGCUCGCAAAAGAGGUGCUUCAUUCUGGAAAGCUUUCACAACUGGCAAAAGUCAAUCAAUGGGUGGUAUUCCUCAUGAUCUUUAUGGUAUGACAACUCGCUCAGUACAUCAGUAUGUACUCGGAAUAUAUAGAAAAUUUGGUCUCAAGGAAUCCAAGAUUUCAAAAUUCCAAACUGGUGGACCUGAUGGUGAUUUGGGUAGCAAUGAAAUUAAAAUUUCAAAGGACCGCACAGUUGCUAUCGUCGAUGGUAGUGGUGUAAUAUGUGAUCCUGAAGGUAUUGAUAGAAGUGAAUUAAAACGAUUGGCUCAAAAUCGUUUGACGGUUUCACGUUUCGAGGCUUCUAAAUUGUCACCAAAUGGAUUUAAAGUUUUAAUAGAUGAACAGAAUAUAAAAUUACCAAGUGGCCAAGCUGUAGAAGACGGUUUAUUAUUCCGUAAUAAUUUUCAUUUAAUGAAUCUUGUUUCAGCUGAACUCUUUGUUCCAUGUGGCGGUAGACCGGAAGCUGUUGAUCUUAGCAAUGUUAAUUUAUUACUUGAUAAAAAUGGUAAACCAAGAUUCAAAUAUAUUGUAGAAGGUGCCAAUCUCUUCUUUACUCAAGAAGCUCGUGUUAGAUUAGAACAAGCUGGUGCUAUAAUAUUUAAGGAUGCAUCAGCCAACAAAGGUGGUGUCACAUCAUCUUCUUUGGAAGUAUUAGCAGCUCUUGCAUUGACAGAUGAAGAAUUUGAAAAGAACAUGCAAGUCCAUGACAAUAUUAUUCCAGCAUUCUAUAAUGAAUAUAUUAAAGAAGUUCAUCGAGUUAUUGAAAAGAAUGCAGAAUUAGAAUUUGAAUGUAUUUGGAGAGAACAUCGAAGAACUGGUAAACCACGAUCGAUUAUUUCUGACGAACUCAGUCUUGCCAUUGUAGAUCUAAACGAAAAUAUGCAACAAUCAUCUCUAUGGUCAAAUGAACCAUUAAGAAAAACCGUAUUAAGAGAUGCAUUCCCACAAUUACUCCUUGACAGAUUAGGAUUAGAUACUUUAUUGGAAAGAGUACCCGAACCUUACGUAAAAGCCAUAUUUGGAUCUUAUUUGGCUAGUAAAUUCGUAUAUAAAUAUGGAACAAAUCCAUCACAGUUUGCAUUCUUUGAAUUUAUGAGUCCGUUCUUUUCAAAAAUUAACGAUCAAUUUAGUUGA